AUAAUGCCUUUUUCAGUUCAUCCUAAAUCCUAGUUAAUGCGGCGUCGUUUGACCAAUUUAUUAAAACGUUGCCGUUUUUAGAUCUACCCACGCAUAAUACUAUAACGGAUAUAAUGCUACCUUGUCUUGUUUCUCUCUCGAUUUCAGAGAUUCUCUCGAGUUUCUGACACGAGUGUACUCGCACGUGUCUCAUUACUACACUAACCCUACACGUCUCCCUUUCGUGGACGCUCCGUUUACUUAAUAUCUACCGUCGGAUCACAUCUUUGAUCAAAGCCUAAAAUCAAUCGAACGGGCAUUAGCUCAAGGAGCAUGUAUUAUUGUACGACGAGACACACAUCGUUAUCUCUCUUUUAAUUUUUUAGGUAAUAUCAUAAUUAUCUCUAUGCACAGUUUCGUUUCGUCACUGUCUUUGAAACUUAAAAGAAAAGAGAAGAAAAAGAGAGAAAAAAAAAGAUGAAAUAAUUUUGAAAAAGAUUCUAAGUAAAGAAACCGUUAGCCGGCGAUGAGAAGGCAGCGGCAAUCGGUAGCCACCGCGCGUGAUGCGCCGUCUCUGGAGGUAUACAAUAUCAUUCCGAUUCAUGAUUUCCUAACGGAACACCCGUCGCUGCGUUAUCCGGAGGUUCGAGCGGCGGCGGCGGCGCUUAGAAUAGUCGGAGAUCUUCCGAAACCUCCGUUUGCUGAUUUCACACCACGCAUGGACUUGAUGGACUGGCUUGGUCUUCUCUUUGGUUUUCAAAUCGAUAACGUUCGGAAUCAGCGAGAGAAUCUCGUCCUCCACUUAGCUAACUCUCAAAUGCGGCUUCAACCUCCGCCACGUCAUCCCGACGGUCUCGAUCCCACUGUUCUCCGGCGAUUUCGGAAGAAGCUGCUUCGUAAUUAUACAAAUUGGUGCUCCUUCCUCGGAGUGAGGUGCCACGUCACCAGCCCUACCCAAAGCCGUCAUCAAACGAACGCCGUUUUGAACCUCCGCCGUGAGCUUCUCUAUGUUGCUCUCUAUCUAUUGAUUUGGGGAGAAUCUGCGAAUCUUCGGUUCAUGCCUGAGUGUCUGUGUUACAUUUUUCAUCACAUGGCUAUGGAACUCAAUAAAGUUCUCGGUGGAGAGUUUGAUGAUAUGACCGGAAUGCCUUACUGGCCUUCAUUCUCCGGUGAUUGUGCUUUCCUCAAGAGCGUGGUCAUGCCUAUUUACAAGACGAUUAAGACGGAGGUUGAGAGUAGUAACAAUGGGACGAAGCCACACUCUGCUUGGAGAAAUUACGACGACAUUAAUGAGUAUUUCUGGAGUAAGAGAGCCUUGAAGAGCCUUAAAUGGCCUCUUGACUACACCAGUAAUUUCUUUGAUACUACACCUAAAAGCAGUAGAGUGGGGAAGACUGGAUUUGUGGAGCAGAGAUCAUUCUGGAAUGUAUAUCGAAGUUUUGAUCGGUUAUGGAUUUUAUUGCUUCUCUACUUGCAGGCAGCUAUCAUUGUUGCUACUAGUGAUGUUCAGUUUCCUUGGCAAGACCGUGAUGUAGAGGUUGCAUUGUUGACUGUUUUCAUCUCCUGGGCGGGCUUGAGGUUGCUCCAGUCUGUGCUCGAUGCUAGUACUCAGUACAGUUUGGUGAGCAGAGAAACUUACUGGCUUUUCAUCAGAUUGGUUUUGAAGUUCGUGGUGGCUGUGGCAUGGACAGUUUUGUUUUCGGUCUUCUAUGCAAGGAUUUGGAGCCAGAAAAAUAAGGAUGGUUUAUGGUCUCGAGCUGCAAACGAGAGGAUUGUCACGUUUCUCAAGGUAGUUUUCGUGUAUGUUAUACCUGAGUUAUUAGCCCUUGUACUCUUUAUUGUUCCUUGGAUAAGGAACUGGGUCGAGGAGCUGAAUCUUGGAGUUGUGUACUUUCUGACAUGGUGGUUUUAUAGCAAGACUUUUGUUGGUCGUGGGAUGAGGGAAGGCCUAGUGGACAAUGUUAAGUAUACAAUCUUUUGGAUUAUUGUAUUGGCCACUAAAUUCAUAUUUAGUUACUACUUACAAAUUAGGCCUCUAAUUGCUCCGACCAGGGCACUACUGAACCUUAAGAAUGCGACGUACAAUUGGCAUGAGUUUUUUGGUAGCACUCACAGGAUAGCAGUAGGGAUGCUCUGGCUCCCUGUUAUUUUGAUUUACCUGAUGGAUUUGCAAAUUUGGUACUCGAUCUACUCAUCCUUUGUAGGUGCAACAAUUGGUCUGUUUUCUCACUUGGGGGAGAUCCGGAACAUUGAUCAAUUGAGACUUCGAUUUCAGUUUUUUUCAAGUGCUAUGCAGUUUAAUCUUAAACCUGAAGAGCAUCUCCUGAGUCCUAAAGCAACAAUGCUUAAGAAGGCUCGUGAUGCUAUACACAGGCUAAAAUUGCGAUAUGGAAUUGGUCAGCCUUUCAACAAGAUCGAAUCCAGUCAGGUUGAAGCAACUUGGUUUGCCCUGAUUUGGAAUGAGAUAAUCCUCACAUUUAGGGAGGAAGACCUUAUCAAUGAUAGGGAGGUUGAGCUACUCGAGUUGCCGCCUAAUUGUUGGAAUAUUCGGGUUAUCCGUUGGCCGUGUUUCCUCCUUUGCAAUGAGCUCCUACUUGCGCUAAGUCAGGCAAAUGAGCUCUGUGACGCUCCUGAUCACUGGCUUUGGUCGAAAAUCUGUAGCAGUGAGUACAGGCGUUGUGCUGUUAUGGAAGCUUUUGAUAGCAUCAAAUUUGUUAUUCUGAGAAUUGUUAAAAAUGGCACAGAGGAAGAAUCCAUACUGAACAGGUUGUUUAUGGAGAUUGAGGAAAAUGUGGAAAACGAAAAGGUAACUGAAGUAUAUAAGCUGACAGUACUACUCCGGAUUCAUGAAAAGCUAAUAUCACUUCUUGAGCGUCUGAUGGACCCAGAAAAGAAAGUAUUCAGGAUCGUGAAUAUACUGCAAGCUCUGUAUGAACUCUGUGCAUGGGAAUUUCCAAAAACUAGGAGGAGCACUCCGCAGUUAAGGCAGCUUGGCUUGGCGCCCAUUAGUUUGGAUGCAGAUACUGAAUUGCUGUUUGUCAAUGCCAUUAAUCUCCCACCUCUUGAUGAUGUUGUCUUUUAUAGGCAGAUACGGCGGGUCCAUACAAUUCUUACUUCUAGAGAUCCAAUGCAUAAUGUGCCCAAGAAUAUUGAGGCCAGAGAGCGUCUUGCUUUCUUUAGCAACUCUCUUUUUAUGACCAUGCCCCAGGCUCCCAGUGUAGAAAAGAUGAUGGCUUUCAGCGUGUUGACUCCUUACUAUGAUGAAGAAGUGAUGUAUCGACAAGAAAUGCUCCGAGCUGAGAAUGAGGAUGGAAUUUCCACCCUAUUCUACCUUCAAAGAAUUUAUGAAGAUGAAUGGGUGAAUUUUGUGGAGCGGAUGCGUAGAGAGGGAGCAGAGAAUGAGAAUGACAUAUGGUCAAAGAAGGUUAGAGAUCUUCGCCUCUGGGCUUCAUAUAGGGGACAGACAUUGUCCAGAACAGUGCGAGGGAUGAUGUAUUAUUAUAGUGCCUUGAAGAAACUUGCCUUUCUUGAUUCUGCUUCUGAAAUGGACAUCAGGAUGGGAACUCAGAUUGCUCCUGAGCCACGCCGUUCUUACUACACAAAUGAUGGUGGGGAUAACACACUGCAGCCAACACCUUCUCAGGAAAUUAGCAGAAUGGCUAGUGGUAUAACCCAUUUGCUUAAAGGGUCUGAGUAUGGGAGUGCAAUGAUGAAAUUCACAUAUGUUGUGGCGUGCCAAGUUUAUGGACAACAUAAAGCAAGAGGGGACCAUAGAGCUGAGGAGAUUCUGUUCCUGAUGAAAAAUCAUGAGGCCCUUCGUAUUGCAUAUGUUGAUGAGGUCGACUUGGGAAGGGAGGUCGAGUACUACUCGGUUCUUGUGAAAUUUGAUCAACAACUUCAAAGAGAGGUGGAGAUCUAUCGUAUCAGACUGCCAGGCCCCUUGAAGCUUGGCGAGGGAAAACCAGAAAACCAAAACCAUGCUCUAAUCUUUACACGAGGAGAUGCGAUACAGACCAUUGAUAUGAAUCAAGAUAACCAUUUUGAGGAGGCUCUUAAGAUGAGGAACUUGUUGGAAUCAUUCAAGACUUACUAUGGCAUUAGGAAGCCUACUAUUCUUGGAGUCCGUGAGAAAGUUUUCACUGGUUCAGUUUCUUCACUCGCAUGGUUCAUGUCUGCUCAGGAAACAAGUUUUGUAACCUUAGGACAGCGUGUUCUUGCCAACCCACUGAAAGUGAGGAUGCAUUAUGGUCAUCCGGAUGUAUUUGAUCGGUUUUGGUUUGUGCCCCGUGGUGGAAUUAGCAAGGCCUCAAGAGUUAUAAAUAUCAGUGAGGAUAUAUUUGCUGGAUUCAAUUGCACUUUAAGAGGUGGGAACGUGACACACCAUGAAUACAUUCAGGUAGGCAAAGGAAGGGAUGUGGGUUUGAAUCAGAUCUCUAUGUUUGAAGCCAAGGUAGCUAGUGGUAAUGGUGAGCAAGCAUUGAGCAGAGACGUUUACAGGUUAGGUCACAGGCUGGACUUUUUUAGAAUGCUCUCUUUCUUCUACACAACGGUUGGCUACUACUUCAACACAAUGUUGAUAGUAUUUACUGUUUAUGCAUUCCUGUGGGGUCGGCUUUACCUAGCACUUAGUGGUGUUGAGAAAAUAGCAAAGGAUAGGAGUAGCAGCAAUGAAGCUCUUGGUGCAAUCUUGAAUCAGCAAUUUAUUAUUCAGCUAGGACUUUUCACUGCACUUCCAAUGAUUCUUGAAAAUUCACUGGAGCGUGGGUUUCUUCCAGCUAUUUGGGACUUCAUAACAAUGCAGCUGCAACUUGCAUCGUUUUUCUACACGUUUUCCCUGGGAACUCGAACCCAUUACUUUGGUCGGACUAUACUCCAUGGUGGAGCCAAGUAUCGUGCCACUGGAAGAGGGUUCGUGGUGGAGCAUAAGAAAUUUGCUGAGAACUACAGAUUGUAUGCUCGAACUCAUUUCAUCAAGGCUAUCGAGCUUGCGAUUAUUCUGUUGGUAUAUGCAGCUUAUAGCCCGUUGGCUAAGAGUUCAAUUGUUUACAUACUGAUGACGAUUUCGAGCUGGUUCCUUAUUACAUCUUGGAUUAUUUCUCCAUUUCUGUUUAACCCUUCUGGUUUCGAUUGGCUUAAAACAGUGAAUGAUUUUGACGAUUUCAUUGCAUGGCUAUGGUCUAGAGGCGGGUUGUUUACAAAAGCAGAUCAGAGUUGGUUUACGUGGUGGAAUGAGGAACAAGAGCAUCUGAAAACAACCGGAGUGUGGGGAAAACUGCUUGAGAUUAUACUUGAUCUUCGGUUCUUCUUUUUCCAGUACAGUAUUGUGUACCAUCUUCGCAUUGCAGAGAAUCGGACCAGCAUUGGUGUAUACUUGGUUUCUUGGGGAUGCAUCAUCGGGAUUACUGCGAUAUACAUCACAACAAUCUAUGCUCAGAAAAGAUAUUCUGUCAAGGAGCAUAUUAAAUAUCGAUUCAUUCAGUUCUUAGUAAUUGUCCUUACGGUUCUUGUGGUCGUGAUGAUGCUGCAGUUCACUAAACUUACAGUUGUUGAUUUGUUGAUAAGUCUCCUGGCUUUUGUUCCCACAGGCUGGGGAUUGAUUUCCAUAGCUCAAGUACUGAAACCGUUUCUGUUAUCAACAGUGGUUUGGGACACAAGGGUUACAGAUUUCUAUCAUUCUCGCUGGCAAAAAAUCCACUUGAAGCAAAUAUUGGGGUUCUUAAAUUUGUUGAAAAUUAACUGGUUACGAACUUACGAUAGCCCGGCUUUUCCUCACGGUGGUGGGCAUUUUGGAGUUGAUUAUUUGACCUUGGUUUGGCGUGUUUAUAAACAUAGGGUUCUUGAUUUGUUGAGAGAUGGUAAUAUGACGGAGCCUAAUAAUGACGGUAUGCUUCACACUGCACCGUCGUCAGUCGAAACCGUUGAUAAUGGCGUUGCUCCAAACGGCGAUACUUUCUCGAACACUAACGUUACCGUUUCAUCAAAGAAGAACAAGAAAGGAUCCGAGGUCGAUGUAGAAGAAGGGAACGUUUCUGGUGCUUCGGACUCUAAGGAGAAUGUGGAUCCGCAGAAACAGUUUUCAGAGGAGAUUGUGGUGGAGUAUGUUCCAGAACAACUAGAAUUUGAAGAUGGUUUCGACGAUGAACUUAGGAAAAUCUUUGACAAGUUUAACUUUCGUGAAUCUGAGGACGGUAAGAAGGAUGAGUCUGAGGAAAAGACAGAUGUGAAAAAGAAGCUUAAUUCGGAUUCAGAUAACCAGCAGAAGGAGAAAUGCAUCGCUAUUAAGAAGAUGAAGCUUCGACGGAGGAUGAAUAUUGCUGAGCUGAAGCAGGUUUCUGCUAGGCCUGAUGUGGUCGAGGUCUGGGAUGCUACUUCAGCAGAUCCAAAGUUGUUGGUGUUUUUGAAAUCUUAUAGGAAUACAGUUCCUGUGCCAAGACAUUGGUCUCAAAACAGAAAAUAUUUGCAGGGGAACAUCUGUGAUAACCAUGAAGCCUGGACUUGUAGGCAGGAUUUUUCACAUCUGGAGCCUGGGAAGCGGGGUAUUGAGAAGCAGCCGUUUCACCUUCCUGAUUUUAUUGCUGCAACCGGAAUAGAGAAAAUAAGACAGGUCCUUCAUGAUGCCUUCUUUAAGUACCAAACAAAGCCUAAGCUGACAUCUCUUGGUGAACUGUAUUUUGAAGGGAAAGGAUUCGAGGUUAAGCUGAGGGAAACGAAACCAGGAACUUUGUCACAUGACCUAAAAGAAGCUCUUGGUAUGCCUGAAGCUGCUCCUCCCCCAUGGCUAAUUAAUAUGCAGAGAUAUGGUCCGCCUCCGUCCUACCCACAUCUGAAAAUUCCUGGUUUAAAUGCUCCUAUUGAUGGCUGGGGGAAACCUCCAAUUGAUGAACACGGGCGUCCAUUGUAUGGAGAUGUCUUUGGUAUUCAGCAGCAACAUCAGCCUAGAUAUGAGGAAGAGCCUAUCGACAAGAGCAAACUCUGGGGUGAUUUGAAGGAAGAGGAAGAAGAAGAAGAGGAGGAGGAAGAGGAACAAGAAGAAGAGAUGGAUGACGAUGAAAUGGAAGAUGGCAUUGAGUCUACACUGUCAAGCACUCCUACUGGCAUUGAGACACCUGAUGCUAUAGAGGUUCGUAAGGAGCAGCGAAAGGAGCCUGACAGGCCUCUUUAUCAGGUACUUGAAGAAAAGAGUGAAAAUGUUGCCCCUGGAACAGUACUGGGAACCACUCAUACAUAUGUCAUUAGAACUGGUACCCAAGAGAAGACAGGAGCCAAAAGGGUUGAUUUGCUGAGAGGACAAAAGACAGACCGAGUGGAGGUGAGUUUACAGCCAGAAGAGUUAGAAGCUAUGGACAAUGUUUUACCUGCCAGAUACGAGGAGGCAAGGGAAGAAGAGAAAUUGCGGAAUAAGCCAGAGAGCUUCAGUGACAUGGUUGCAGAGAAUGAAUUGAAGAGGAGGCGGAAAACUCACGAUAAAGAAGGUAAGAAGAAGAAAGACUUCAAAUUCUGAACUUUUAGCAGAGAAGAAGAAUUGAUUUCGUCAUGAGUAUGCAUGGGAACCUUCUUGAGAGAUUUAAUAAGGUAGAAUCAAAUUU